AUGGCCGACCUCUUAGUCGAUGGGGCGGCCAAGCACGAAAUUUUGUCAUUCAUGGAUGGGCACUUUGGCUAUAACCAAAUUUUUAUAGCCGACGAGGAAGUCCACAAGAUAGCCUUCAGGUGCCCCGGAUCCAUUGGAACUUUUGAGUAUGUGGUGAUGCCCUUCGGCUUGAAAAAUGCCGGGGUCACAUAUCAACAGGCAAUGAAUGCCAUUUUUCAUGACAUGAUUGGACAAAACUUAGAAGUGUAUAUCGACGAUGUGGUUAUAAAAUUGGAGUCUAGACUAAGUCCUUUAGAUGACCUUCGGUCGGCUUUCGAGAGAAUGCGGUGGCAUCAAUUGAAGAUGAACCCAAAAAAAAGUGCUUUUGGGGUAUCCGCCAAAAAUUUCUUAGGAUUCUUGGUGCACCAAAAGGGGAUUGAGGUUGAUAAAAAUAAGGCAAAGGCUAUCAUUGACGCGCCCCCUCCAAAAAACAAGAAAGGUGUGCAAAGUUUGUUGGGCCAAAUUAACUUUCUUCGAAGGUUCAUAGCCAACUCCGCGGGAAAAGUUGAGCCCUUCUCAUCUUUGCUAAAACUCAAAGAUGAAGAGAAAUUUCGGUGGGAAGAGACUCACCAAAGGGCAUUCGACGCAAUUAAAGAAUAUUUGGCCAAGCCUCCGGUGCUCAUUCCACCAAAGCGGGGCCGACCCUUGAAAUUAUAUAUUUCGGCCACGGAGAACUCCAUCAGAAGUCUACUAGCCCAAGACAAUUAUGCAAAGAACGAGCAAGUGGUAUACUACCUCAACCGAAUUCUAACGGCCACCGAGAGAGGGCGGAUAGGAAAAUGGACAAUGGCAUUAGCGGAAUUCACUUUCCGAUAUGUGCCCCAGCAGGCCAUUAAAGGGCAAGCUUUGGCCGAUUUCUUGGCCACCCACCCUUGUCUUGAAAUAGAGGAGAUGGAUUUCCUCGAGGUAGGCACAUUGAGUUUAUUCCCAUGGCACCUUUAUUAUGACGAGUCUCGAACAUCUAACAUGGACAGGGCAGGUGUCAUCAUUGAAUCGGCCAAAGGAUUCCGAACUCGUUAUUCAUUUCAAUUAGACUUUGAUUGUACCAACAAUCAGGCCGAAUACGAGGCCCUGAUCAUAGGGUUGGAAAUUUUGAAACAGCUUGGGGUAAAGAGUGUGGCAGUUAUGGGAGAUUCAAUAUUGGUCUUAAAACAAUUGUCUGGCGACUACAAGGUGACUAGCCAAGCUUUUCUCAGAUCUCAUGCCUUGGCCAGUCAAUUGAUGGAAGAUUUUGAUCAUGUGAGACUCGCCCACCUACCAAGAGAACAUAACACUCAGGCCAACGCCAAUUAG